GACCCAGAAAACCCCAGAGAGAAAAAGGGUAAAAGCCCCUUUUUUGGUCAUAUGUCAGUGUGAAGCACAUCGUCUUGUUUCUUUAUCCAAAACCCUCAAAGAUUUCAAACGAAAAAUGACGCACGCCGUGUUCCAGACUGCGCAAAUUAUGCCAAUAAACACCCAUCUUGUACCUACCACCAAAACCUUAUCAUCAGCUCCGUCAAAUCCUCUGUUGCCGGCCUCCAGUUACCGGGUUCUUCCGUUGUGCCGGAAGGGUUUGGUGGUCAGGAAUUCUUCGGCUAUUGUUGAUGGCGAGGCUAUGGCGGGACUUGAACGUUGUUUCAGGAUAUCUCCGUCGGAGUGCCCGCCGUCUUCGUCUUCGGCUUCGGCACCGUCCCAUGGGCCGGUUAUGAAGGGAGGACAAUACGGUGCUUUUGGUGCGGUGACUUUAGAGAAAUCGAAGCUUGAUACGACUCAGAAACAGACCAAGUCUAGCCCUGAGCUUGCUAUUGGAGGAGGUGGAGGCAAUAUUGGGAAGAGCAUUAAUUUUGGUGGGGGUGAUGGCGGUGAUGACGAUGGCGAUGAUGAUGAUUACUUUGAUGACUUUGAUGAUGGCGAUGAGGGGGAUGAUGGUGGACUCUUUAGGAGGCGGAUUAUUCUACCGGAGUUAUUUGAUCGGAAAUUUCUUGAGGCUGUAUUAAAUGAAUGGCAAAAGACAAUGAUGGAUUUGCCAUCUGGACUUCGGCAAGCAUAUGAAAUGGGUUUGGUCAGCUCGGCUCAGUUGGUAAAAUAUAUCGCAAUAAAUGGAAGGCCAACAACUGCGAGGUUCAUUUCGCGUACGCUUCCUCAAGCGUUGUCUAGGGGAUUCAUUGGCAGGAUGAUCGCAGAUCCUGCAUUUUUAUAUCGUUUCCUCUUAGAACAGGCAGCGACAAUUGGUUCCUCGGUUUUGUGGGAGGUCAAAAAUCGCAAAGAGAGGAUAAAGAAGGAAUGGGAUCUUGCUCUUGUUAAUGUGCUUACUGUAACGGCAUGCAAUGCUAUUGUUGUUUGGUCUCUUGCUCCUUGCCGUUCAUAUGGAAAUACAUUCCGCUUUGAUUUGCAAAAUACGUUGCAAAAACUUCCCAACAACGUUUUUGAGAAAAGCUACCCGCUAAGAGAAUUUGACAUGCAAAAGAGAAUACACUCCUUCUUUUACAAGGCCGCUGAGUUGUGUAUGGUUGGUUUAACAGCCGGAGCGGCACAAGGUGCUCUAUCGAACCUUGUUGCCCGCAAAAAGGAGGGAAGAUUGUCUGUGACGAUUCCAUCCGUGAGUAAUAAUGCUCUUGGCUAUGGCGCGUUUCUUGGCAUCUAUGCCAACCUGCGUUAUCAGCUUCUAAGCGGAUUUGAUAGAGCUAUGGUCACCCAAUUUGACGUUAUCGGAGUCGGAUUGUUUUUCAGCACGGCCUUGAGAAUCAUGAAUGCACAAUUAGGAGAGACAUCAAGGCUAGCAUGGCUAGGGGUGGAGGUGGAUCCAUUAGCCCACUCCGAUGAGUUGCUGAAACAGGCUUACAAUCGACCAUCUGAAACCGACACCAACACUUCUUCGAAAUGGUUCAUUUCCAAGAACGCUGUAACUUCAGGGCUCGGCCUGCUUGGGUUUAAGCAGGAUCAAAGUCGAACCACCAGCGAGGGAGGAGCGCCGCCACCCAAGGCUCGCAGAAAGAGAAUCGUGAGAAAAAAGGUGACAACUUGAGUUCAUGGUGAUAACAAAACCUGUCCAAUUUUGUAGCCUGAUGGGAUACCGGGGGCAAAUGGAAGCUUUAUGACGGUAACCGAAUGGAAGCUGCUGCUAUUAGAAUCUGCCGGUGAACAAACUCUGGAAUUUUUGCACCUCUUUACUUUGAGAGAUUUCAGGAACUGAAACUGAAGUGUGUUUUGAACAAAUAAGGAUUGUUGAUUUCUAGUAGGAGAGAUUCUUAAUCAGAUAUGUAGACCUGCAUAUGCAUAUAUGGUUAUUACUGAUCGAUUUCGAAAUGGAUGUUUGAUUGAAUGA